AUAUGCCUUAUGACGCCACAUUAACCUAAGCUUUCAGAUAGGUAUUAGACAUUACUUAAAACUACAUCAUUAGAUUCCACAACUUGCCAACUCCCACUUCAUUACGUGAAAAUGGGGCUCGUCGACUAUUCAGAUUCCGAAUCCGACUCCGAGACCGUCGCCAAGUCCGCGGCCCCCUCCCAAUCGGUAACGGCUCCAGCAACGAGCGGCAAGAAACCCUUCCAGAAGGUAGUCGACCGAGCGAAACCAGGCAAGAUCCUCGUCAACCUCCCGCAGAGUUCAUCGGGUCGCGACAAGAGCAAACCUGCAGAUGGAGAUAAUGAGCCACCCCCGAAACGCGCAAGGGUCACAGGUAGAGGAGGCGCGUUUAGCAGCUUCAACUCGUUUCUCCCGCCUCCAAAGAACGUUGGGAAGCCUGCGGCGUCGAGUAGUAGUGGGAAACCAGCGCCAAGGCCUGGUAUUAACCUGAAGACGGGCGCUACCCCUGGUUUCAGUAGGGAGGUGGACGGGAACGAAGAGGGAGGUUCAGACGAGACGUCAAAAAGGAGUGAAGAUGCAGAGCCUACGGCAAAGCAGCCAUCUAUACCCGCGGAACAGAAGCCAGCAGACGAGGUUAAACUGGUCGGCAAACCAUUAAUGUUCAAGCCGUUAUCAGUAUCACGAAAACAAGGCAAGAAGAGCGCGAGCAAAGCAUCAAAAGCCGCUACUACUACAUCUACACCGCCAGCUCCUCAGCCAAGCGCGGAAUCACAGGCGCAGGAGCAAGACAAAAUGGAACCACCUCUGAAAAGGCAAAAAAUAUCACUCUUUUCAAUAUCCGACGAACCGGAGACAGAAGCAAUAGAGACCACCACAUCCAGCACCGGCACCUACGAACCCAUGUUCAGCACCUCCACUUCUACAGCCGACGACUUCGCCGCAUACGACGCGCAAUUCGCAGCAUCCCACAACACAUUACCACCCCAAGCCGCCCCCUCCAACGCCGACACCCUCGACUCCAUAGCCGCAGACAUGAACCUGUCCGCCGCCGCGCGGCGCGAGCUAUUCGGGCGCGGCGGCGACCCAUCGUCCUCGUCAGGAAGUCGCGUGGUGCGCUUCGACACGGACCGCGAGUACGCGCACAACGAAGCGCUGCGCGCCUCGGGCCAGCUACAGCCCACGUAUAACCCCGUGCGCUCUAUCGCCCCUGGAAAGCAUAGUCUGCGGCAGCUCGUCACGCAGGUCCAGAGCCAGCGCGACGCGUUGGAAGAGAGCUUCGCGAAGGGGCACGGGAAUCGGAAGGAGGCUAGUGCUAAGUACGGGUGGUGAUGGUAUCUCUUGAGAGGCAAAAAAGAGAAGAACUAUUCACGUCUACCUAGGUACCUACCUAUGGUAUGCGUUAGGUACCUGGAUAUAUCCAGCCAGGUGAAAUCGGGAGUUUGGCAAUGAAGAAUGAAGGCGGCAUUGGCGUAAACCAUAAGUCCUUGUCCUUUGAGGCAUUCACCAAAUCAAAUAUUCAUAGCCAGAAAGAGAGAUAUCACAAGUUAUUUCUUUUUUCCAUUACCCCCAUGCCCAGCGAAGUAAGCCCCUAUCCUAAUACAAAUAUUUGUAUACGUACACGACGCCGAGAAUCAAACCGUCGGGCGGGUAUCUGUACGCAUUACAACGUACGUUAGGUAGUUAGUUUAUAUAAAAGCAGGUAUAUAUUCACCUGAUAUAUGCAAUCUCUGUCCACAGCAUACAACACACAAUACAGUAAUACCAUCCCAUCGCUAACAAGUCUCCACCGCCGCCGUCUUCCCCCGCUGCCACCCAUCCCCCUUAAACAAGAACCCCCACUCCCCCCGCGUCACCGGCGAUAUGUCCUCGUACCCGUUCGGCGUCAACGGCCCC